GCACAACCGAUCCGCCCAACACCAACUGAUCGCCCCAGGGAGAUGGACCACGGGUUUAGCAACCUGAUGAGGUGCGACGGAGCGAGAAGAAUUGACAGAUUGUAUUUUUCCCAACAUUUUUCUAGAUGUACGGCCACAUGUAUGAAACAGGAGCAGGUCAAUCCGUGGAUUCCAUGGUUGCCCCUCCUGACUCGGCCAGGUUGACAUGUGCGGGCAUGUCCGCAUCGACGAGGCCGUGGAACCCAGGGGUCAGUCGUCCUGCUGGGCUAGCCUUCGCAUUUUAGAACCUUUCAUAUCUCUUCUUUCGCUGCAAUCCAUCCGUCCCUAGACUACCCCGGGUUAGCUUCCUGCUUAUGAGUUCUGACCCCGUGCAUCGAAUCGCGCCCAAUCCGUCCCAACCGCACCUUCGGCCGACAAAGACGUCCUCUCUUCUCGGCGAAUCUGAACUCGGCGCCGCUAUGGCAGACAAGCGGCGCACCAUACGAUACGAGCUGUCUGCUGAGAGCGUCCAGUACGAGUUGCCAACCGAACCUGUUGAGGUCCAUGUGGCGGGCAUGCCGUCCUGGGCCGCCGAUGACGGUUGUCAGACGCGAUCCGAAAAACCGGGAGACGGCCUUGACCUAGGUCAACAUGACAAUCAUGUCUACGAGCUCAUGGGAAGUAGCGUGACAGUAGGCGAUGAUGGGCGGGUCGAGAUCGAUUGCGAGUCCAAGCUUGCAAGGGCCCUCAGCCUCAUGUACAGGCAAAAUCCGGGCCUCGGGGAAAAACCAACGGUCGAGGAACCUGAGCCGGAAUAUGAGCCCGCACCUCCACCAUACGAGGAAGCCUCUGGACGCCGGCCGGAGUAUCCAAAGCUCAACGUCCUGAUUCAAGUAGUCGGUAGCCGGGGGGAUGUCCAACCAUUCAUUGCACUGGGAAUCGAGAUACAGAGACUUGGCUUCCGGGUCCGUCUCGCUACUCACGAUGUGUUCGAGGACUUUGUCCGGAGUUCUGGUCUCGAGUUCUAUCCCGUCGGCGGCGAUCCAGCGGCACUGAUGGCCUACAUGGUCAAGAAUCCCGGACUAUUCCCGAGUUUCCAGAGUCUCCAGGCCGGUGAGAUCCAGAAAAAGCGCGACAUGGUGGAGGAGAUGCUCCAAGGAUUUUGGGCUUCUUGUUUGCGCCCUGACACUGUCACCGGAGCCCGGUUCGUGGCCGACGCCAUCAUCGCCAAUCCGCCUGCAUUUGCACACGUACACUGCGCCGAGGCCCUCGGUAUCCCACUCCACAUCAUGUUCACCAUGCCCUGGACAAGCACAAGCGCAUUUCCGCACCCGCUGGCGAAUCUCAGUAACAGCAAGGGAAGUCAGCCGAUGGCUAAUUAUGCGUCGUACGCGAUAGUUGAGCAUCUGACAUGGCAGGGCUUGGGCCAUAUCAUUAACAAAUGGCGACGGUCACUUGACCUGGAAGCUGUGACCAUGUUCGACGGCCCGUUGCUGACGGAAAGGCUUCGCAUCCCUCACACGUACUGCUGGUCCCCUGCGCUUGUUUCCAAGCCCGCGGAUUGGGGCGCUCAUAUUGAUGUUUGCGGAUUUUUCUUCCGCAACCCACCCUCAUACUCGCCUCCUGAAGACCUCGCACGUUUCUUCUCGGCUGGCUCAAAGCCCGUCUAUAUCGGGUUCGGCAGCAUUGUGCUCGACGACCCCCAAGGCACCAUCCGAAUCAUUCUGGAUGCUGUUGAACUAGCAGGUGUUCGCGCCAUCAUCUCCAGGGGAUGGAGCCACUUAGCCGGCCCAGCAAGCGAACACAUAUACUGGAUCGGAGACUGUCCUCACGAGUGGCUUUUCGCUCGUGUCGCAGCCGUUGUACAUCACGGCGGCGCCGGCACCACGGCCUGCGGUUUGAACAACGGAGUGCCUACCAUGAUCGUACCUUUUUUUGGGGACCAACCCUUCUGGGGCGAGAUGGUCGCCAAAGCCGGUGCAGGUCCGAGCCCAGUUCCCUUCAGGCAGCUCACGGCGCGGAAGCUGGCUGAUGGCAUCGCAUACUGUCUGACUUCCGAAGCAAAGUCCGCAGCCCGGUCAAUCGGCCAGCAAAUGAAGUCGGAGCAAGGUGUCCAAACCGCUGCGCAGUCAUGGCUCCGUCAGUUGCCUAGUACACAGCGUUUGCGAUGCGACUUGCUGCCGAGCCAACCUGCAGCAUGGGUCUACAGGAAAGGGAAGAAUCCCGUUAAGAUAUCCAAGAUGGCAGCGGAGGAGCUCGUGUCUGGCAAAGCCGUCAACCAGAAACAUCUGGAGCUCUACCACACGAAACCGCUAUUCAUUCAAGUGACUCGGUGGGACCCGAUAUCCGGCGGCGCCUCCGCCGUCAUGGCUACGGCAGUCGACAUGACUGACUCCAUUACGGGCAUUGUGACCAAGCCGGUGGACGAGUGCCGACGCGAACAACGGCGCCGCGAGCGACAGCGAGAGAAGGAUCAAUCCAUACAAAACAGGCACCAUGAGCGGCCACCCCAAACAAGCCGCCGCUCCCUGAGCCUCACCACCACCUCAUCCCAGACCUCGGUGGCAAGCUUGGCGGCCGACCUCGAAAAACCAAAAAAACAACAGUCCAUGGCCGGCACGGCCGCGAAGGCAUCAGCCAAGAGCAUCGGCAUGAUCGGGCCGAUUGCCGCCAAGGGAAUGCUCGUCGACUUCCCGCUGGCCAUCACCGAGGGCCUGAGGGCGGUGCCGCAGCACUUUGGGACCAAGACGCGGCCGCACGGCCCCGUCACCGACGCCAAGAGCGGCGCGGCCGUCGCCGGUCAGACGUUUGCGUGGGGUUUUGUCGACGGCCUGAGCGAUCUGGUCAUGGAGCCAAUCCGCGGCGCCAGCAACGGCGGCGGCGCGGUGGGCGUUGUCAAGGGCGUGGGCAAGGGAGCCGUCAGUCUUGUCGCGAAGAGCGGCGCCGGCAUGUUCGGCCUGUUUGCUUAUCCCACUACGGGAAUUGCGAAAAGCAUCCGGACGGCGGUUCACCGCGGGACGAGGAAGCUGGUGGCUGAGGCGAAGCACGCCGAGGGACAGUGGCUGUUGGGGAGUGGUGGCUUGCCGACGGGGGUCACCGGGGCGGAUUUGGUGGCAAGGUUCCAAGUGCUGCAGAAGGGCAAAUAAUAACCGAUUGUGGGAGAACAUGCCUGUUGUAACCCAUUCUCUCUUGUUUCUGAAUGAGAAGAGGGCUGUGGUGUCUAGGGUCCGGCAUCGGCGCGCAAGACGCCGAGCAGCAUCCCCCGGUGUAGUGCUGCGCCAGGUGGAUUGGAUACCCUGCGAACGAUAUAGACCUUAUGCAUUCGAUUCGGUUGACAAUCGCAUAUCCAGGCUUUGCAGGGAGCUGGAUAGUGAGCUUCUUCAGGUUAUUUCUUGUUGUGCUCACAGGCAACUUGAAAUGGAAUCAUGACAGAGGAGGGACUGCCAAGUGUAUU